GUAUGAGAUUUUAUUCAAACAGUGUGUGGGAACAGAGGAUGUCUUCUUUGGGAUGAGUGGGAAAGACCCCUCCACCGCCUGCUGUGAAGAUAUAGUGAUUAAAAUCAAGCUGCCGGAGACAAAGUACUCAGACAUCUCACUAGAGAUCCAGGACAAGGUUCUUGACCUUCGAACUCCCACCAAGAAGCUGCUGCUGCACCUCCCCUACCAUGUAAACAGCAAGGAUGGUAAAGCUCGUUUUCUCUCUGAAGAGGAGAUCUUGGAAGUCACUUUGCGAGUAUUAAGGAAGAUUGAUUUCAUAAAUCUUGGCUGA